CGAUGGAACACAGACCAGAGUCUAGACAUGGGGUUCGUCCGCCGUGGUGUCGGAUUGGGACCGUCUGACUGGCCAGCGCGGACUCAACGGGGGGACCCAGAGGGCGUGAGCUGGAGCGAUCUUGUCAAAAAGCAGACUGCUUUCCCUUGUUCCCUGCUGAACUUGUCCCAACUCUUCUCCUUUUCUCUCUUUUUGCUUGUUUAACGUCGGAUUUGCUCCUCAAGUCGUCCCCUUGGCUCGUUGCGAAUAGCCUCUCCUCAUCGCAGAUUCCUCUAUCUGGGAGAGUCGGUAUAUACCCCGGUUACGAACAUAUUUCGUGGACAAAAAGUCCUGUUUCUCUUAAUCCGCCUCCGAGUUUUUGCCCUCACAAUUCUUUACGGCUUUGACACACACACACGGCGCGCGCACACGCUCUCAAAGAUGGCUCUUUCGACAAAAACAACGUAUAUUGCGUCGACGUUCCCUGAAAACCCCCUUCCGACCGAUUUCUCACCGCCCGCGUCCUCCUGCUCCGGCGUCUAUCUCACAAACAACGUCUACGCCAUCGACAACGACCAGAAAUGCCUGCCCAGCAAGUUUAACGGCGCCAGCUCGGCAUUCUACUCCCCCGGCACCGUCUGCCCGACGGGCUACACCGCUCAACCGCAAUGCUCGCGCAAUGGCGGCGUCCGCUCCAUCACGACCGUCACCUGCUGUCCAUACCGCGGCGACAUGACGCUGUCCUGCGUCGAGGACGACAUGACGCUCGCCGGCGUCUGGGAGACGCAAUUCUGCACGUGGAUGGCCGGCCCCGCAACCGUGGUCGACAUCACGCGGACGGACGACGGCACUGUGGCUACGCAGGCUGUGACAAUGAAGAACCGGGAUGGCGUGAACGCAUGGGGAAUCAGGAUGGUGUACCAGGCGAGUGACCUCGUACCCAAGACGACGUCGGUGACGACUACGGCGGCAGCAACCACGGCGGGGACAGCGACGGAGACGGGAAGCGGCACGACAGCCGCCGCUACUUCGUCCGGGACAGGAACCGCGGCGGCAGCUGGUAACUCCGGCACCGCCGGCAGCGGCGAGUCGGGCGUGAGUGAGGGUUUGUCACAGGGCGCCGUUAUCGCCGUGGCGGUCGUCAUCCCUGUGGUCGUGAUCGCGGCGCUCGUGGGUUUGUUCUUGUGGUGGAGGCGGCGGAAGCACCGGUACGCGGGCGUGAAGCCCGUCGACACGACACCGACGGCGCCCGAGAUGGACGGGCAGUCGUCGGUGGGCGGCGAGCAGGGCGCUUAUGCGUACCAAACACAGCAAUACGCUCAGCAACAUCAACAGCAGCAAACACCCCCGCCGUUGCAGGAGAUGACGGGGACAGACAUCGCGGGCUACUACCAGAACGACAAGGUGCUGAUGAACCCUUCGAUGGGAGGCGGCCACACGCAGUUCAAGGGGUGGACACCGCCGGCGCAUGUGGCAGAGCUAGGGACGGGAGAGGGGCCGACGGAACUGCCCGCAGACAGCGGUCGGAAGUAGCCGACCGGGAGGCUGGGAGCUGGAAUGCGAGACUCUUGAGGAGUCUGUGUAAUGAAGUGGGAUUUGUUGGAGUUGGAUAUAUCACUGCCGCGAGAUGGGAUUCGUUUCAUACCAGCGUAGAGGGCGUUACAACGCCCAUUUUCAGGGAGAGGCGUGGCGGGACCAACAGGCGCAGUGUCGUGCAGCCUACCUAUUUGCGAUGCUUCAAAGCACAAACCUGACUUUCCAGCGUAUAAGUUCGAGGAAAUAUAAAUAAAAGUCUAAUGAAUUUACAUCCCGCCGC